AGAUGCAUAUGUGGGGGCAUGGAUCUCAAUACAGGAAAGGCCCAGAAUCUCUAAGGGGAACUCAACCUACUGGGAUGCUAAAGCUACCGUGCUAUUGCUGUGCACCGGGGUGUCGCAAUCAUAUUGAUCACCCACGAUCAAAGCCACUGAAAGACUUUAGAACCCUCCAAACACAUUACAAAAGAAAACAUGGAAUCAAGCCUUUCAUGUGUCGCAAAUGUGGGAAAACUUUUGCAGUUAGGGGAGAUUGGAGAACACAUGAGAAGAACUGCGGAAAGCUUUGGUACUGCAUUUGUGGUUCGGAUUUUAAGCACAAAAGAUCACUCAAAGAUCACAUUAAAGCUUUUGGCCAUGGACAUGCAGCUUAUGGUAUCAAUGGAUUUGAAGAAGAUGAUGAACCCGCAUCAGAAAUUGAGCAAGAUGAUGAUGAGAAUUUAUGAUCCUAGGUAAGAGCAAUCCAUCAGUUAAUCUUCUUCAUUUCCUAGGAAAUAUUGUUGGAUACCUUGUAACUAUUUUUUAGGAUUCAACCAAAACCGUAUAUGCUUGAUUAGAUCCCUUUGUAAAUUUCAUUUUGAUGCAAGCUUAUCUCUAUUUUCAGUCAUUUUCCUUUUCAAGUUAAGAAUUAAUCCGAAUGAUGAUUAUGUUUUCUAGUAAAGGUGUUUGUGGUUUCAUUGAAAAAUAAACGCCAUAUUUGUAAUA